GGGAGGGAGCUGUCGGCACUGCUCUGGAUACAAAGCAGUCAGCCACGCACUGGCUCCUUCCUCCCGCAUCCCGUUGGCCUCCUCCUCCUCCCUGUUUGCACGCUCCCUCCCUCCCACGCUCGCUCCCUCUCUCAUUCUUUCCUUCUCUUACCGCCACGCUGCAGAGAGGCAGACCUGGGGAACUGAUGGUCCACGGAGGAGGAAGGAGCUUUCCCCUGCAUUUCUUGGACAGUGAAACGGAGAGGCAGAGAGAUGAUGAAGGAGCGUUUUGGUUGCUGCCUGGAUUAAAAAAGAAUACAUAAAAAAAAAAAAUCUGGACCCAACAAACAAGGAAAAAGGGAGGGGAGAAAGAGGAGGAGGUUGCUGAAGGGAGCCCACUCCGGUGGGUGAACAACUGCUUUGAAUCGUGCCUCUGUUCCCAGGGAUUAAAGCAUGAAUGGGAGCAGCCUCCCAGCCACGAUGGAGAGAGAAGGCGGUUCAGGCUGUGGGAAUAAGGUGGGCCUGCAAGGGCCAGGGCUGUGCUCAUUGGAGUCUGCAAAGGAAAGUACUUGCUGGAGACCCACUACCAGUGAGCGGGAGAGCAAAAGGCAGCAAGUGCUGGGGAAUGGCAUCGCUCUGAGCAGAGUAGGUGAUUUGUGAUUAUUCCAUCUGAAUUCCAUAGACUGUGGCGUGGAAGGUAAAUUUGGAGCUGUGCUGAGACACAGCUGGCCUUGCAGUGCUUCUGGGUCAUGCUCUGCCAUCCCUCCAUCCCUGUAGGGAUGCAGCUGCAAGCCCAAAGGAAAGGCUGGAGUUUGUGGAGUGUACAGGAGGUUUCCUGCCAGAUGGGUGCCUGAGGUUCCUGCUGGAGGGCCCAACAGCAUCCCAUAGAAGCGCUCUCCUGGUCCCAGCAGCUGAGGCCCCUCCAAACCUGCUUCUGCAAUGGGUAAUGAGGAGCUGUGGGUCCAGUCAGUCUUGGAGAUGCCGAAGAGACGAGACAUCCUGGCUAUCGUGCUGAUAGUUCUGCCCUGGACGCUACUAAUCACCGUCUGGCACCAGAGCACCAUUGCUCCACUGCUUGCAGUGCACAAGGAUGAUGGUGGUGACUCCCGGCGUGAUCUCGCUGCAGGCUUGGACUCCAAGGAAUACUGCUUGUCGGACCGGGACAUUGUGGAGGUGGUGAGGACAGAAUAUGUUUAUACUCGCCCACCCCCGUGGUCAGACACCCUUCCCACUAUCCACGUCAUUACACCCACCUACAGCCGGCCCGUGCAGAAAGCAGAGCUGACGCGCCUGGCCAACACCCUGCUGCAUGUGCCAAACCUGCACUGGAUCCUGGUGGAGGACUCCCAGCGGCGCACACCGCUCAUCACCCGGCUGCUACGGGACACGGGGCUCAACUACACCCACCUCAACGUGGAGACCCCUCGCAACUACAAGCUGCGGGGAGACAUGAGGGACCCCCGCAUCCCCCGGGGGACCAUGCAGAGGAACCUUGCCCUGAGGUGGCUGAGAGAGACCUUUAACAAAAACAACAGCCAGCCUGGGAUUGUUUACUUUGCUGAUGAUGACAACACCUACAGCCUGGAGCUCUUUGAGGAGAUGCGCAGCACCAGAAAGGUGUCGGUGUGGCCAGUAGCCUUCGUCGGUGGCUUGCGCUACGAAUCCCCCAAAGUGAACGCAGCAGGGAAGGUCUACGGCUGGAAAACUGUGUUUGACCCCCAUCGGCCCUUUGCUAUAGACAUGGCAGGGUUUGCUGUGAACCUCAGACUGAUCCUGCAGCGAUCUCAGGCCUACUUCAAACUGCGAGGAGUGAAGGGAGGCUACCAGGAGAGCAGCCUGCUGCGGGAGCUGGUCACCCUGAACGACCUUGAGCCGAAAGCUGCCAAUUGCACCAAGAUUUUAGUCUGGCAUACGAGGACAGAAAAGCCUGUGCUGGUGAAUGAGGGGAAGAAAGGAUUCACAGAUCCCAAUGUGGAAAUCUGAGCGUGCACAGCAGAGUGGAGACCAACACCAGAAGAUUUCCUCAUGCACAGCCUCCAAGGUUUCUCCCCACAGCAUACAGCCAGACAUGCAGUAGCCAGGACCUCUGCUGACUUCCAAGAGUUUUAGUGUACUGAAAGCAAGCAACACUGCAUACAUAAACUACCCGGAUCCCCCCGCCCUUCCUCCUGGACUCUGAGCAGAACCUGAUGCUCUGGGGGUGGAAAAAAAGCACAGAAAUACAGGACUGAACUUCC